AUAGUUAUCUAAACAGUGACUGUUGCACCGGAACAUUUAUUGUACUCAAUCUCAAAAAUUAUUAUUCUCAAUCUCAAGUCACGAGUCUAUUAACAAAUUUCUUUUGGAAUUUAUUGUGCAUGUUAAGACCCAAAAAUUCCCAACAAAGAUAGUUGUAGAUUCGUUGAGUACCGUUCCACUAACCCAUCUUCUCCUCCAAUCACCUUUAUAUAUACGUAUUAACAACAUAAUCACAUUUCAACCACAAAGGAUUCUUAAAACGAAAAUUAUUUCAGAAUCAACAAUGACACGUUGUGUUGGUUUGGUUAACCGGGGAACAGAGGAAGAGGAGAAACAAGAACCAGAACGCGAUGGCGAGGGAAGUAGUGAAGAAGACAGCGAAGAUGAUCUGUUCGAGAUAAACCUGGAGGCCGUUAGCGAUACGACGACGUCUCCACGGUAUGAUUGGCAGAUAUUUCCGGCGAGAACAGGCAGCGUUUUACUGGCCAACUGUCUAUUACCAGCUGCGGAUAUCUCUUGUGCCGUGCCGGCAACAUCAAGAGGUUGGAGUGAUUUGGUUUGGUUUAGAGGGGUUCUCUAUGUUGGAAAUCUAGGUGUUGAAAGUAAGAAAGCUUAAUCAGAUAGUAAUAGUAUAUAUCUAAUGGUAUUAUUUAAAAAAAAAACUAUCAUAUAGACACUUGAGAGAGAUAAUAUUGUCUAUAUAUGCAUGUGUUAAGAGUUUUUAAUCAGAUGGUUUAUCACUAUCUGAUCAUUUCAUUUUAAGAAGAUACAAUGGAGGAACUAGGUGUGGUAUAUGUGGUAAGGAGAGAACGAUCCGCCUAAGAGUUAGGUUUCAAUCGAGUCUAGGGAUCGAAUUGUAGGUGCUCGGGUACUGGAGACUCAAAACAUAGGCAUGCCUUAAGUACAUCAACCACAUGUAUCACAUCUACAUCUCUACAUUGUAUGUUUAAAACAGUUCCAUUUGACUCAA